CGCCUCUAACCCUUGUUAUUGACAAUAAAUAAAACUGUUAAUACUCGCCACAAAACAUCACAAAAAGCACACCUUGAAUACUAGUAAUAAAACGACUGCUGCAGACCCGGCCACGGAUACAGCUCGCAUUUCGGCUUCAGGAAGCUCUGCAGCCGUGGAGACCCCCCGGGGCUAGUCGGACUCAGAGCCCAGUUGAAUUUAGAGGGUUGCGUUCCGGGCCGCUGUUGCCCCUCCUCUGCAGACACUCCAGCUGCGGAGGCAGAAGACGAGAGACGACACGUCCGCUCGCCGACUCGCCCGCCGUCCCUCCCGAGACUCGCCCGACCCGCUCGGUCCGCCCGCCGACUCGCAGCCCAGCCGCUCUGCCCAGCGACCAUGACCUCCGCGAAGCAGAGGACCAAAGCCAACGCCGGCGACAAGAGCUCCCCUCCGCCGCCUGAUGACGUGGCGAAGCGCAGCCCCAAGGCGGCCAAGGGGGUCAGCAGCCCGGCCGGCCCGGGGCUCCUGGGCCGGGCGCUGACCGCCACCUUUUACCUGGCGCUGGUGGCGGCGGCGGCGGGGCUCGCCGGCUUCUACCUGCAGAGAGUCCGGGACGAGCUGAGCCAGACCAGCCGCAGGCAGGAGGCGGCGGCGGCCAGAACCGAGGAGCUGGCGAAGACGGUGGAGGCUGUCCUGCAGCAGGUGGACACCAUGAGGCUCACGGUCGGCAGCUUCGAGUCCUCUUUAAAGGACGGCCAGAGCGAGCUGGACAAGACCAACCGGGCCGUGAGGAAGGGCGAGGCGGAGACGCGCCGGAUCGAGGAGGUCCUCCACAAGCUGCAGAACGAGAUCCUGAAGGACCUGUCGGACGGCAUUCGGGACGUGAAGGAGGCCCGGGAGAGAGACUUCUCAUCCCUGGAAAAGACCGUGGAGGAGAGACUGACGGAGCUCACGAAGUCCAUUAACGACAACGUCGUGGCGUUCACCGAGGUGCAGGGCGAAACGCAGAGCGAGGUGCAGACCCUCAGGGAGAAGGUGCAGGCCGUUGAAGGCCUGAGCGCGCUGAAGCACGAGCUUCUGGCCGUCUCGACGGCGGUGGCAGACCUGCGCGCCAGCAGUGAGGGUAAAGUCGAGGUGGCAGAGUCCUUGAAGGCGCAGGUAAGCUCUCUGGAGGAACGGCUUCAGACGAGGACCAGGGAGGCCGAGUCCACUGUCCAGGAGAUGGAGGAGGUGAAGGCCGCAGUGCAGGUCACGACCAGCUCCCUCAGGGAGUCCCUGUCUGCCACUGAGGCCUUCCUCCAGUCUCUGUCGGGACAGGUCAAGACCCUGGAGGACGGCCUCCAGGAGGCCACAGCCACCCUUCGAGCCCUGGAGCAAAACCUGCAGGCUAAAACCGCCAGCGCCGCUCAGGGCAGAGAAGACUGGGAGCUCAGGUUAAAAACUGUAGAGGAGAGCGCAGAGUCUCUCGUCGCCUCCGCCGCUGAGCAGUCCGAAAAGCUGGAAUCCGUCCUGUCCAAGUACGACUCGCACGAAAGCGCGCUGGCCACGCUGAGCCGGGACCUGCAGACGCUCAGGCCCUCCGGCUCAGGAGCGGAGGACACCGACGUGCUCAGCGCCGUGAGGAAGAUAACAGAGGCACAGGAGGCCUUCAGCGGUGAUAUCGGCGUGCUGAAGAACAGUCUGGACGAGCUCCAAAACGCAGUCGCAGCGCAAGACCGCGCGCAAAAAGAGCUGUCAUCCCUGGACGAGGGCCAGAAACAACAGGCCGUGGAGCACGGGCAAAGACUGGCGACGCUGGAGGAGGCCAUGAAGGGGCAGACAGUGGCGGACAGCGUCGGGGACCUGCAGGCCUCUGUCAGCCAGGCCAAGAAUGACCUGCAAAGGCUGAGGACUGCAGUAGACAGUCUCGUGGCCUACUCAGUAAAGAUUGAAACGAACGAGAAGGACAUCGGGUCCCUCAAGACUCUCAUGGAUGAAACUAAAGCUUCUGUGGAGGCACUUUCCAUUAAACUAGAGUUAGUCCAGGAGAAGGUCUAGUACGGCCCUAGGGCUUCACUGCCACACACAGUUAAAGUAGCAUUAGAAGGUGGACUACUGUUGUUUGAAUUGAAGCCACGCAUUCGGACUGCACUGUAGGUUUGUUUCUGCUGCAUUGUCUGAAAAGAAUGUUUCUCAACAUGCAGAGCCACUGCAAAGAGCUGCAGGAUGAGCUCAGGUACAGGGCCUUCGGAACUAACAAAAUGAGAUGAGUUUGCAGGCUGUGUACCAACAAUUUUCUAACAAAAUAAAGUUUUACCACAAAA